ACAAACAUUUUCCGGAUUCUUCUGUUUUGUUUCCUUUCACUCUUUCUUUUCAUUGAUUUCUGGGUGGGUUCAAUUUUUUCCUUUGCUAUUGUUAUUUUCAGAGAAAGAAGGGGUCUUUCUCUUUCUCUUUUUUAUUUUCACCUGAGGCUUUACAAGUGCCGGAAUCUUAAACAACAACACAAAAACGACGGCUACACACAACGUUGUUUCUUGUCAUUUACGCCCGCAUGCGUGUUGGUUUUGGUUUGUGUUAAAGGAUCGAGGCGGCAGUAUCCGAGUGACGAUCACAUUGAUGAGAAGCGGAAUUUGAGCUGUCGAUUUCGUGUUCGAGUUUUGGAUCUGUGAGGAUGAAGUCUUGGUCAGUGGAUGAGUGGAGGGAGUACUUUGUGUCUGCGAAUUCGGAUAUUUUUGAGAUAAUUGAAAACGCGAUUGUCGUGGCGGCUACGGAUUGUCCGAAGGAGUUUAGAGUGAAGAGGGAUGCGAUUGCAGAGAGGCUGUUCUGUUCCAGGUUGACUCGCUGUGCGGGUUGUGACCGUGUGGAGUUGGUUGCGAGGGGAGUUGGUAAAGAGAGUGAUGAUGAAGGCUGCAAGAAUGGGGUAGAAAGAAAUGGGGCUGAGUUCGCUGGAGCAAGCAAAGAGAGCAAGGUCAAUGAAGGUGGAGAUGAGGAUGCAGAGAUUGAUGUCAAUGGUGUUAGCAACUAUAGUUUUGGUGAGGCCGAGGCAUUAACUGAUGAGAUGGAUGAAGAGACUCAGUAUAUGGGGGAGAUUUUGAGGAUCAAAGACGUUCUGCUGAACCGUGAAGAAGAGUCUGAUUCUGUCUUAUUUGAAUCGUUGAGGAGGCUUCAGCUGAUGGAGCUAACCGUGGAUUCUCUUAAGGCAACUGAGAUUGGAAAGGCUGUCAAUCCUCUCCGAAAACGGGGAUCAAAGGAAAUUCGUGAACUUGCAAAGAAACUUAUCGAUGGCUGGAAAGAUAUGGUUGAUGAGUGGGUGAAGGCCACUGCUACAACAGCUAUUGCAGCUUCAGAUGAAGGCACACCCGAUUCAGUUAAUCCAUCUGUUGUUGAUGAUGAAGAAGAAGAAGGACUUCCAUCACCUCCUAUGGAUGAAGGGGCCUUCUUUGUUGCUCCAACUGGUUCCAUGGAACUUUCACAGUUCUUUGAUGGCAUGGAUGAUGAUGGAAAUCCUCGACCAAGUGGUCCAUCCCACAAGAACCGUGACAACAAUGGCAGAAGGCCAGCCAUUCCUAAUAGGGAGGAUAAGAGUCAACUGGCAAAGAGAAAUAUGGCUGUUGUGCCAGUGAGGCCAAAUAAGCCAGUAACCUCUGAUUCUGGCCCUGGCAGACCCCUCCCAUCUAAUAAUCUGCAGAGAAAAAGCAAUGUGGAGCCAAAAAUGCAGCAAAAGAUAGAGAACAAUUCACUGGCAAGGAGGCCUCCCAUUGGUCAUCUAGAUAAACCCAUGCGUUCAGAUGAAGCGGCUGUCCAAGUAAAGCUAGAAGCCACCAAGAGGAAACUUCAGGAGAGGUAUCAACAACUUGAAACUGCCAAGAGACAGAGAACAAUCCAAUUUAUGGAAAUAAACGAUCUCCCGAAGCAUGUUAACUACAGAAAUCCACAUGCAAAGCCUGGUUUUCACAAUAGGAACCGGGCCAAUACUCGAAGGUAGAGAGGCAUUAUUGUAUAUGGUGGACCAGCAGAUUUAGCAGAGCAUGUCGAAGGAAGCUGUUUGUUCUGUGGAUUGAAGAUUGGUCCCCUUGACUGUAGAAAAUGACAGCAUUUGGUCUUUGCAUAGAGGUUUUCCAGUUGAGGAGGAAGUAAACUUUAAAACUGUUUAUUUCCCGCGCUAUAGGAGCUUUAGGAGUUUAGGAGUUAAGGUGGUACAUAGGAGUUUUUGUUAAUCGUAGCUUAGAAGAGAGGACCCUAACUUUGGCACCUCUACUUUAGACUUGCUUCCAUAAUGAUUGUCUAUAGAAAAAACUCCAUUGUUUCUGGACAGUUUUUGUCAUUUCUAAGUUAGAGUACAUACAUAUACACCAUUUCAAAGUGCUUUGUCGCAACCUCAAUGGUCUUUAAAUUCCUUCAUGUGAUUAUGGUUGCAGGUGUACAACAAUUUUAGUAUCAAAUAACAAUUGAAUCAUUUUUUUCCA